CCCAUUAAUUAAGACGCACAGCACCCGCACGCCAUUCCGCGCUUAAGUUUCACGUUGUUCCUCCGGAGGAUGCCCUCAUCGGUGGAAAGUCCUAGGGUGGUCCCACCACCCCGGCAGCACCACCAUCCUGCACCUCCUCUGGCCCAGGUGGAGGAAUGUCCUCAAAAUAACCAAAACGGCACUUCGACGGCCACCAUUUGCAGCUUCCACUCGGCGCUGAACGGACGACACGUGGCCACCAACGGAACUGGGUCCAAACCGCCGAUGUCGAUAAUCAAAUUCUUGGAACUGUGCCUUACCAUCGCCUGCACCGUCCUGCACUACUACAGCUUCGACGAUGGUGACCUAGUGACCGGUUUCCUGUCCACCGGAACGUUCUGCGGGUACAUCGUUAUCCUGACCACGGUCAUGGUGGGCUACCUCAUGAAGGCCCACGUCCACCGGCGGUUGAACCUGUUCUACAGUCUGCUCGGCUGCGCCCUCUUUCUAACCUCGGGCGUGUUCAUCAUCGAAGCCUGGGAGCACGCGUUUCGGACGCGCACGCGGGACCUGGCCAUCACCAAGGGCUCGAUUGCCAUCAUCAACGGGGUUAUAUUUCUGAUGGACACCAUUUUUACUUUUCGCGAGAGGAAGUAGGGUGUGGGGUGUGGCGCUAGUGACCGCUAGGUGGCAGUGUUUUUUGAAGAUUUAUUUUACUUUUUUUCGCUAAAUUUUUAAGAUACAUAAUGUCUUUCUUGGUAGACUAAACAAAUGAUGAUUAAAUGUACAAAUAAAUGUUUAAAACCCCAAACUAUUUCUUGAUUUAAAGUUACAAGCUAGUAAACAAUAGAUGGCACCACUCUAACGAAAAAAAGCAAUAUCAACUAGAUAUUCACAGA